UGAGUCGCCGUAACUUGACUAUAAAGAUUGCGUCAGCGGAAGUUCCACCCUCUUCAUCCCCUCUCUUGCAGGCUGUGCUUCAGUCCGCAGACACCGCAAGAUGCCACGCAAAAUUGAAGAAAUAAAAGAUUUCCUGCUUACAGCAAGAAGGAAGGAUGCCAAGUCUGUAAAGAUCAAGAAGAACAAGGACAAUGUCAAGUUCAAGGUGCGUUGCAGCAGGUACCUGUACACCCUCGUCAUCACGGACAAGGAGAAGGCCGAGAAGCUGAAGCAGUCCCUGCCCCCAGGUCUGGCUGUGAAGGAGCUCAAGUAGAGGACCAUCUUUGUGUACAGUGAAUUGUAAUAAAAAGAGGAAAACAA